GUUUGUUGACAUCUGUCAGCGAGGCGCAAUCUCCGACAUUGACGAUACGUCGAUAUGCUGAUGGCGAUGCACAACCCUUCAGUUCCAUGGGACCACCGGAGCCGGCGGCAAGUGGGAAUAACUGCGGUACUCCACUGGUGCCGAGCCUUAAUGGUGCCCGAUGAUUCCGAUUGCCCUUGCAUCUUCCCAUCUUGAUCCGAUCGAGGAACUGCGCCAUCUGAUCGCCGUAUAAUCAGCGACUCGCGACUUGCGCUGUCAAUGUUUAAACUGCUCUCAGCCAUUUCACCCAUACUGUGUACAUAGUCCUGUCGCACACGACAUUGCUCUCCGUUGCACAUUUCUAGGGGAUCGUUGAACGAUUUAACCACCUCAAUCGACGACUGCGUGUCUCUGCCCUUCCCCGCCAUGCCUAUCCGCAACCCUUUCCGCCGGCCAGCCAUCGAUAUUCAGGACGAGAACCAGCCAAUUGGGCAUGACGGUGGCGACCCGGAAUCCAGGCGCCCGUCGCCGAACCCGUUGGACAUUAAGAAGCCGACGGAAUACAAGAUGAGCGGUAUGCCACCUGCGAUCCUUGCGUUCGUUGAAGAAUCUACCCAUUGCGAUGCGGGGUGAACCAAAUUGCAUGUGGGCGGAUCUGACAACACGAUAGAAAUCAACGACAGCGGAGUCUAUCUACCGGUAUGAGGAGCCAAUCCCGCGCAAAUCGCAAGAUGUUUUGUAUCUACUGUAUGGAUCCUGAC